GGCCGGAUCCAGACCACAUGCCUCCACCUGGCUAUGAUGACAUGUUCAUGUAGUACCCAACAGCCCUUCCUGCUUUUCUACUUCCUGUUUGCUAGCCAAUGGGAGCCAGGGGGGGAAAGUUUUCAUCUUCACCUCCGUAAGGGCCGUCAGGGUUUGAUCUGGUUUAGCGGCCCCCGAAAAAUAAAGUGUUUGCCUUUUUAUUUCCUCCAGUUUUUUGAGAGAGAGGGUUUGUUUUCUAAUUGUUCAUUUCAUAUAACUACAUAUAACUUAACGUAGAAGUGCCCGACUCUCGGUGUUAGAUAUACGUCAGCAAAAUCACGUGAGCUGUGACGCUGAAGUCGAUCUUUCAGUUCUGAAAUUAAAGAUGGUUUUCGAUGUCAAACCAACGUCAAAGGAGAAGCUUGUUUAUUUUGGACUACAAGUUUAAAAAAAGCUGUCAGACAGAUGGAGACACUCUGGAAUAUACUGACUGGUGUUCAUCUUAAACUCGUGUCGUCUCAUUUACCAGCAACUGAAAAUCUGUUUAUACAUUUGUAAGCUUUUAUUGUUUUGACACAAACAUAUUGUGUAACAUCUGGACAGCCUGUAAGGGAGCGUUAACAGGUCCUGCGCUUCCUAUACGAUAGAAGAGAGAGCAGUCAGUAUCGUCGCAUUAAAAGGCAUCUUGUAGUUAUAAUUUAUUCAGAAAAAAAAGAAAUCUUGUGGAAACAUUUAAGAAAAAAAGCUUGAAAUGUGGUUCUUUACAGUUGUUUUUGUUUGGAUUGUUGUUCAUUAAACAACUCGGUUGAUAAAAUAUUUCAUGCCAAAAAUCUCUAAUAAAAAUCUCAGACUUUCUC